GUUGGAGGCUGGUGGGGUCUGAAGGGGCGGGCUACCUUCCUCCAGGACCUCUGGAGCGACUCGGGGUGCCCGGCGCCCACUGUGCAAGCCCUGAAACAGACUUUCCAUCCUUAGCCUGGGUGUGGUCAUUGUGAUGGAGCAAGGAAAAGAGCUGUUGUUCUCAGAUUCAAAUUUCCCAAAGUGGGAGAGUUUGAAAAGCAUCUUUACAGGAGAUGAAAAUAAGAAUAAUUUAGAAACUCUUCUAAACAAUAAAAUUAAGGCAGAUCAGCUAAAGGAGAAGGUGCCAAAAUGGUCUAAAAGACAUGGUCCACAAAAUUCUAAGUAUGAAGAUACAGAAGAAAUGCCAGCAUGGUCUUAUGGAGAUAAGGUUUGGUGUCAUGAUUCUUAUGAGAAUGAUGGUAAAUCAGAGAUUUGGGAACAUUCUAUAGAGAAAGAGGAGGAAAAACCCCAUCAUGGAGAAUGGGAUCCAAGAGAAGAUGUCAACACAUCUGUCCAGGGGAAUUCCUCCUUUGGAGGGAAAUCCUACAAAUGUUCUCAAUGUUGGAAAAGCUUCAGCAAUAAUUCUCACUUGUAUACACACCAGAAGAGCCACUCAAGACAAAAGCCUUAUAUAUGUUCUGAAUGUGGGAAAUGCUUUUGUAACAGUUCUCACCUGAUUCAGCAUCUGCGAAUACACACAGGGGAGAAGCCCUACCAGUGUGGUGAGUGUGGGAAAAAUUUCAGUAAUACUUCCCAUCUUAUUAUCCAUGAGAGAACUCACACAGGAGAGAAGCCCUAUCAAUGUCCUGACUGUGGAAAGAGUUUCAGUAGCAGCUCACACCUUAUUCAGCAUCACAGAUCACAUACUGGUGAAAAGCCUUACGAAUGUCCUGUUUGUGGAAAAGGCUUCAGUCACAGCUAUGUUCUAAUAGAACACCAGAGGACUCACACUGGAGAAAAACCCUACAGGUGCCCUGAUUGUGGAAAGAGCUUCAGUCAGAGUUCCAGUCUCAUUCGCCACCAGCGGACACACACAGGUGAAAAGCCUUACAAAUGUCUUGAAUGUGGAAAAAGCUUCAGUUGUAAUUCUACUCUAAUAAAGCAUCAGAGAAUACAUACAGGAGAAAAGCCCUAUCUGUGUCCAGAGUGUGGAAAGACCUUCAGUCGAAGUUCAAACCUUAUAACACACCGGAAAAUGCACAUAGAAGGGAAAUCCUAUGGAAAUACUGAAAAAGAAGAAAGAGUGCAUCAGAGUUACAGUGUGAUAGAAGAAUGCAGAGUCCAAACAGGAGAGAAGCCAUAUAAAUGCUGUGAAUGUGGGAAAUGCUUUGGCCUUAGCUCCCAUCUCAUUAGACAUCAGAGAACACAUACUGGAGAAAAGCCUUAUAGGUGUUCUGAGUGCUGGAAAACUUUCAGUCAGAGCUCUACCCUAGUGAUUCACCAAAGGACACACACGGGAGAGAAACCUUAUAAAUGUCCUGACUGUGGUGAACGCUUCAGUCAGAGUUUCAACCUGAUCAGGCACCAGAGGACCCACAUAGGAGAGAAACCUUACAAAUGUGCUGACUGUGAGAAAUGCUUCAGCAGAAGUGCCUACCUCAGUCAGCAUCGCAAAAUUCACACAGAAAAGUCUUUGGAACCUUCUGAAGUGAGGGAUUUUCUUCAUGAAUGGACCUGGGAAAGCUGUUCAGGGGAAAUGCGCCUCAUCCGUACAUUUUCAGUCUUAAAUUCUUCCUGACUCCCAGAAUCAGUGUUUUGUUGUUGUUUUUUGUUUUUGCUCAUUGGACCAUUAUAAUUAAGGUGUUCUAUGAUAUUGCACUCUGAAAUGUCUUUGUUGUAGUUGUCUAAAGAUCUGGAAAAAGUCAAUUUCUCCCAGUCUAGAGGAUGGGAAGACCAGAUCAUCAGGAUAUGAGAUCUGUCCAGUGAGAGAAGACUGAAAAACAGGAGAAAUUAUUAAUAUUAUUUAAGUUUAAGGUAAGAAAGGAAUAGCCUCACAGGAAAAUAUAAAGAGUAAUUCCAGGACUAAACAAAAAGACAUGAAAACUGGAAGUUAGGAUUACCACUGAAUAUUUUCUCUUGUCUUUAAUGAAUGGAGAUAGGUCAUUAUUGGCCUUGUGGAUUUACCCAGAGAAACAGAAUUUUUGAGCAAAUAAUGAUUUCCUGGAUAUUUGGCUGUGUCUUUAAAAAGAAAAGCUUCAUUGUUAAAAAUGUGUUUUAUUUGCUAAAAAAUUUGUAGCAUCUAGGACUAUGGGGCCCAUACCAUAGACUCAAACCAUGUGUGCUAAGUAAAUACCAGUUCAGAUGAAGUGAAAUUGAAAACCCAGUUCCUUAGUUGCACUAGCUACUUGCUAAGUCCUCAAUAGCCACACGUGACUAGUGGCUGUUGUAAAUAUCGUUAAAGUUCUCUCUCUCAAGAGCAUCGUUAUUGACAGACUCAGAUAAUUCCUUUAAUACUGUGAAUGUGGUCUGGUGUUUUUGUUUUUCCAAAGGAAUUACAAUAGUGUGGAAGUGGAAUAGAGUUUUAAAGCCUUGGGUCAAGAGUAGGGUGCUCUGGUGAUUAUUAUGUUCUAAUUUAUGUUCAGCCAAGUGUAUUACCUAAUAAUGGUCUCACUGUCUUGACCAAAAUCACACUAGGAGGUAGGAUCCCAAAUUCUAUUUUUGAAUGUUCCCUUUUCCCUGAGUUAUCUCGUUACAUAAUUCCUGAUCGGAUCAGGUACUAGGUUAUUUUUCUAACAAUUAACACACUAAUUUUGUGCUUUGCUUUUGGGCACUGGUUCCUUAGCUCCAGGACUGACAGUUCUUAUUUUGCCUUUUUUGUAUGCUCGGUUGUAUGGAUCUGAUAAAUGAGACCUCACCAUAUGUUCUGUAGAAAUGAUGCUUUUGGAAAGUAUUACAUAUAUCCUAUUUUCUUCCUCUGACUAGUGUUAAAGGAAGUUCAAGACUCUUUUGAGUUGCCUAGGAUUUCAGCUUACUGUUGGAUUCAAAAUAUAUUUUAUAAGGAAUAUGGAGAGAUACAUAUAGAAAUGUGGAACUAGAUAGGGCCAGUUGUGCCUGCUGUAAAGGGCUCUCUCUGGUGGGUAGCUGAGGUACAUGUGGUUUAUUUCUUGUUUCAUUAUGCUAUAUCUGAUACCACCCAAACAAUUGCACUUUUUAAUUUAUUAUUUAUUUUUGUGUAUGAGUGCAUUGCUACAUGGGUGUGUUGUGUAAUGCCUGCCGAGGUCAGAAAAGGGUCUUGGCUCCCCUGGAACUGGC